GUACAAUUUGUGUAAAUAUAAAAGACGUUGUGUUGAUUGAUGGCGUAUCAGUUCAAUUGUAUUGUUCAAGACAAAAUGAAGAUCUUUCUAUUUCUCACAUUUUCAUCGCUUCUGCUACUCGUUCAGAUUAACUGUGAACCUGUAACAUUCGAGAAUGUUGCAGACAGUUUUCGUGACAAGAUAAAAGCGACUAAAAUCAAAUGGGUCCCAAACAUAGAUUUCAUGCUUAAAAUUUACGAAAGAAAGCCGAAUACAUCCGAUCUUAACCUCCAAGACAUGAUACCAUUUUUGUCGGAAGAACAGAGAGAACUAUAUUUAUCGAAUGUUCCCAAUAGGAUGGAAGUACAAGGAAUGCCUGCCCGAACUUUCAUAUCAAAACAAAUCAGUGAAAUUAACUUUAUGCAAAUGAAAACCUUCAGGAAAUUACAUGAUGCGAUAAUCACCGGACUGAAUUUUGAUUCACCCAGUGAAUAUGAUAACGAAUUUCGUGAGCCAUUUGAUGCUUCAUUCAAUGAGUGGAACGUCAAGCCUUUCAAAAAGCCAGACGCUGAACUGUUUAAAAAAUCCUGGCCCACAAUGACCGCACAAUAUGAUCGAUUGAAAAGGAAGUUUGACAAUGUUGUGAAAAAUGUUGCUCUUUUAAGACAACAGGCGAACGGACCACAAAUCGUUAACUGCAGAUUAAGUUUCGCUAAAAUGAAAAUUAAUACUGACCCUGAUGAUGUAACAUCAAUUAUUAACGAUGAGCUACUCGAACAACUGAAUGAAAUGAAGCAAAAACAGUCAGAAUUAGCAAUUCAACUACAAGAACUGAAAUCCAUUAUAAGCAGAUAUAACAUUCAACGUACUAUUUGGGCAAGGUUUUUAAUUGGAACGGAGAAAACUCCACGAUUAGCUUGACGUCAUUCUCAAAUUCUUUCCAUCGUGUUAAACGAAAUUCUUGAUGAUUAUAACAGACAUUCAAUUCGUGUUCAAUUGUGAAAAUAAAUAAAUAAAUAAAAACAAAUUUCGUCUUAUUCCAAUAAAGAGUACUUUUCUAGGUACUUUUUGUUCGAAGUAAAACACACACAA